AUGGGCAGUGUGAUCAGGCUGGGCAGUGUGAUCAGGCUGGGCAGCAUGGGCAGUGUGAGCAGUACGGGCAGCAUGGGCACUGUGAUCAGGCUGGGCAGCAUGGGCAGUGUGAUCAGGGUGGGCAGCAUGGGCAGUGUGAUCAGGCUGGGCAGCAUGGGCAGUGUGAGCAGGGUGGGCAGCAUGGGCAGUGUGAGCAGUAUGGGCAGCAUGGGCAGUGUGAGCAGUAUGGGCAGCAUGGGCAGUGUGAGCAGGCUGGGCAGCAUGGGCAGUGUGAGCAGUACGGGCAGCAUGGGCAGUGUGAGCAGUACGGGCAGCAUGGGCAGUGUGAUCAGGCUGGGCAGCAUGGGCAGUGUGAGCAGGGUGGGCAGCAUGGGCAGUGUGAGCAGGGUGGGCAGCAGGUGA